AUGCUGCGCUCGCUGCUGUCGUUCGGGCCCAAGUCCACUCCUGCCAGUCCAGAUGACAAUAAAGAAAACCACUAUUUAUUCCCCACAGUGGAUGCUGAAAGCGACGGCGCAGAUUGCCUGAAAGACUGUGCAGAUUGCACGAUUCAUUUUCCGUCCAAGGUCAAGGUUGAGACCUCGCGUCCCCUCUAUGGCCACAUCAAGGAGUUUCAUGCCCAUGUCCUGGUUGCCACGGGGCGGUCCGACUGGAAGGAAAAAGUCGAGCAAGAGAAGGGAACAUUGAUGGAGGCGCUCGAUCAGCCUUCCGCCAAAUCCAAGCGUGGGCGUAUUAUGGUCUCGGCCUCCAAUCUGCAACUCCCCGACCACGAGAACCCGCAAGAUGCGACCCAGCAAGCAACAACGGUGCUAAUUCUCCCAUCAUUUACCUUCGUGGACCUUGUCACACCAGCAGAUACGCCCGAAUUAAUAAAACGGUUUGUCGACACGCCAGCGGCCGAUCAACAGACUGAGAACGGUGCCUCCCCCGCAUCUAGCAUGACCGCCCGCCCCUGCGAGCUGGACUACGUAAUCCUGCUGUGCUCGCACCGGCGGCGAGAUGCGCGCUGCGGAAUGACUGCGCCGCUCAUUAAACGGGAACUCGAGCGACACCUGCGUCCGCGCGGACUGGACAGGGAUGCGGACGAUACCCGGCCUGGCGGUGCGGGCAUUUUCUUCGUCUCGCACGUGGGCGGGCACAAGUUCUCCGCUAAUGUGCUGGUGUAUCGGAAGAAGACGCAGCAGAUGAUUUGGCUGGCACGCGUUAGGCCUGAGCACUGUGAGGGCAUUGUUAAAUACACUAUUCUGCAGGGGAAGGUCGUGCACCCCGAGACGCAGCUGCGGGGUGGGUUUGACAGGCCAAAGGGGCUGACGAGCUGGUGA